AUGGUGACUUUCAGGUUGGUUUUUUCAAAAAAGCGCCAAAAAUUCAUUCCCCAAAUCUAUUUCUUUUCAGAUAUUUUCUGUCAGUGAUCACAGUUGUUUUGGGUGGAAGUGCACAAUUUUAUAGUUAUGGUGUGGUGAAUCCGGCGCAAGUUAUCAUAACUUCUUGGAUCAAUCAAACAUAUACGGAGAGAUAUGGAACACCGUUGACUUUGACAUUGUCGAAUGUGAUUUGGUCAUUUGUGGUGUCGAGUAUUGCGAUUGGUGCGAUUGUUGGUGCAAGUCUUACUAGGUUGGUGCUUGGGGGAACAUUUGAGGAUUUAAGUGGGUUCGGAAGAUUUUUGAAGUUUCCCAAGGGUCUUUAAAAAUUGCUAAAGAUUCUUCAAAAGGUUUCUAGAAAUUUAAGAAGAUUAAUAAAAAUCUUUUAAAGUCCUAAGAUGUUUUAAGGUUUUUAAAACUCCCUGAAAAUGCUUUAGAAUUCUUAAAAUUCUUAUAGAUCCUUAAAGGUAUAUAAGAACUUUAAAAAAUUUUUUGGAUUUUCAAAAAUUCCUAACAAGGGAACCUUUUUUACUCAACACUUCAAAUCAUGAUGAAAUUUCGUCCAGAGACAGCUUUUGGGACCAUAAGAACACCCUAAAAAUUUUAGUCUCCCAAUGGACCUCUGAGCCAAGUUCUGGGCUCUCAAAAGUUCAAAAAAGGCCUAAAAAUGGUCAUAAAAGUCAUCAUAGCUCCAUUUCAAAUUUUUUUUGGGAGAAAUAAAGUUUCAGUUAUUGAUCAGCAUGGUCGAUUACCUAAAAGUACAUCAAUAAAAAAUAUUUUUUCGAAAAAUUUUGAAGUUUUUUAUUUUUGGGCUGAAAAUUCAUGAAAAUUCAUAUGUGCCCCUGCUCAUUCUUUUUUCUCAAAAUCAACAAUUUUUCUGAAAAUUCGAUUUAUUGAUGCUUUUUGGGUAAAUCGACGACGCUGAUCAUCAUCUGCUAUUCAGUUUUUCAUAAAUUUGAUUGAGAAUUGAGUUAUGACGUGUUUUAUGAGCCAAUUUUGGCAAUUUUUGAACUUUUGAGAGCCCAGAACUUGGCUCAGAGGUCCAUUGGGAGACUAAAAUUUUUAGGGUGUUCUUAUGGCCCCAAAAGCUGUCUCUGGACGAAAUUUUAUCAUGAUUUGAAGUGUUGAGUAAAAAAGGUUCCCUUGUAAAAAUUUAUUUUUUUUUGAAGGACUUUUGUUAGAUUCUGUGAGGUCAUUGAAAAAUUCUCGAAAAAAAUUUAUUUCCAAAAAAAAAGCAAUUCAAUUUUUAUAUCAUCAUUAAAAAAUUCGGUGAUAUAAUUUUUCAUCAUUUUUUCCCUGAAACCAUAAAAUAAAAGUUUUUUAAUUUUAUGGCUCUCUAGCUUCUCUAGGCUCUCUAGGCUCUCUAGGCUCUCUAGACUCUCUAGGCUCUCUAGUUUCUAGGCUCUCUAGCUUCUAUAGCCUCUCUAGCCUCUCUAGGCUCUCUAGGCUCUCUAGCCUCUCUAGCCUCUCUAGCCUCUCUAGCCUCUCUAGGAUGCUCUUAAAGCUUAUCAAAAUCAAUUUAAAAAAUAAUUUUUCAGAAUAAUCGGUGAGCGUUACGGUCGUCGCAAUGGUCUCAUCAUGAACGGCGUCGCCAAUGUUUUUGCCGCAUUUUUCGAAUUGGCUGCAAAACCCUUAAGGUCAGUAGUGCUCAUUUCAACGUUUUUAGUUAUCAUUUGUGCACUUUUAGAUCACCUGAAAUGCUCAUUUUCGGACGAUUCAUUUUUGGUAUAAAUAUGGGAUUGACUAGUGGAUUGGUUCCGAUGUAUUUGAUGGAAAUCACGCCUGGAAGAUAUCGCGGACCGGCUGGAACUUUGCAUCAGGUUUGUGAGAUUUUUGAGAUGGUCUGAGAGUGGUUGAAGUCUGGAAAUCAUUCUAGAAGAUCUAGGAGACUUCAAAACCCUUGGAAAAAUCCCGGAACCCUAGGCGAUUUCUAGAAGUUUGAGAAAAUUCAGGAAAUUUUCCUGGAAAUUCAAAAAAGCUUUUCAAAGUCUAGAUUCUAGAAAAUCAGAACUGCGAAAUAUAACUUCUAGAAGAUCUGAAAAAAUCAGAAAAUCCUGAUGAAGCUUCUAAAAUAUCAGAAAAUCCAGCUAGAACUUCUAGAAAAUCAAUAAAUCCAGCGUACACUUUUAGAAGAUCAGAGAAUUCAGCUAGAACUUCUAGAAUAUGAGAAAAUCUAGCUAGAACUUCUGGAGCUUCAGAAAUUCCAAAACCUCAUUCAAAUUUUUCAGGUAGCUGUCGCAUUUUCGGAUUGGUUCUCACUUCUCAUCGGACUCCCAGAAGUUCUCGGCUCAGAAACCCUUUGGCCUUUGGCUUUCGCAUUCCCAGGCUUAGCUGCUCUCGGUCUAGUCAUAAUUCUUCCCUUCUGCCCCGAAUCCCCAAAAUACACAUUGGGCAAAAAAGGAGAUCGAGAACAAUGUUUGAAAGAUGUCGAAAUAUUGAUUGGUCCCGUCGAAGCGCCCCAUAUGUUUGAGACAAUUGUGAGAGAAGUUGCGUUGGAUCGUGGAACUGGAAGCUUUUAUGAGUUAUUCACUAGAAAAGAUUUGCGAAUUCCGGUGACUGUUUCGAUUUUGGUUAUGAUUGCUCAACAAUUUACUGGAUGUACUGCUGUUUUUGCAUAUUCUACUGAUAUGUUUUUGAAUGCCAAACUUGAACCGUGAGUUUUUUUAGAAGUCCUAGCCUGAAUUUCUGAUUUUCAAAAAAAUUCAGCUGGAUUUGUUGAUUUUCUAGAAGUUCUAGCUUAAAUUUUGGAUUCACUAGGAGGCUAGAAGAUACAAAAAUGCAUCUAGAACUUUCAGAAGAUCUACUCGGAUUUCUAGAAAACCAAAAACUUCCAGCUGAAACUUCUAGAAUAUCCCAAAAUCCAGCCAGAACUUCUACAAGAUCCGAAAACUCAGCUGGAACUUCUAGAAUAUUUCAAAAUACAGCUACAACUUCUAGAAUAUCCCAAAAUCCAACUAGAACUUCUAGAAGAUCAGAAAACCCGGCUAAACCUUCCAGAAGUUCAGAAGAUCCAACUAGAACUUUCACAAGAUCUGAACAAUGAGCGGAACCUUCUGAAAGAUCAGAAAUUCAAGCUAGAACAUCUCGAAUAUCCCAAAAUUCAGCCAGAACUUCUACGAAAUCUGAAAAUCCACUUGAAACUUCUAGUAGAUCAAAAAAUUCAGCGGGAAUUUCUGGAAAACCAUAAAAUCCAGCUAGAACUUUUAGAAGAUCAGAAAAUUCCCCCUGAAAAUUCUACACUAUCAAGCAUUUUCGCUUGAAUUUCUAGAAAACCAAGAAAUUUCCGCUGAAGCUUCUAGAAUAUUCGAACUUCAAGCUAGAAAUUCUAGAAAAUCAACAAAUUCAGUUAGAACUGCUAGCAAAUCCCCAUCUCCAAUUUCACUCAUUUUUUCCAGAUCAAUCGCUCGCUACAGUACUCUCGGAAUCGGAAUCGUCUAUUUCCUCUUUGCUUGCACGUCCCCCUACCUAAUCGAAAAAUAUGGUAGACGUCCACUCUCGAUUUUCCAACUCGGAAGUUGUAUGAUCGCAUUGAUUCUAUUAUCAAUCUUCACAUAUCUUCAAAAUUAUCAAGGCCAAGAUUGGGCGAGUUAUGGCACAAUUUUCGCGCUCGUUUUAUACAUGUGUGUUUACGGAGUGGGCUCACCAAUCCCUUGGAUAAUUGCCAGCGAAUUGUUUAGUCAACAAUUUCGAGCUACAGCGGUUACGGUUUCGGUUUUUGUUGCGUGGACUUUUGCAUUUGUUAUUAGCACAAUUUAUUUGCCAUUUCAACAAUUGGUUGGAGUCUCGUUUAGUUAUUUGCCGUUUAUUGUUGUUAUUGCAAUUAGUUUGGUCUUUAUUUAUAUUUUACUUCCUGGUGAGUUUUUUGAGGGGAAUAAGGGAUUCCAAGUUCCUCUAAAAAUCUAGGCAUGUCUUCAGGCUUGUCCAAGUUUUAGGCAUUGUUAAAUGUUAGGCUCGUCGUAAAAUCUAGACAUUUCUUAGGCUUGUCUGAAAUUCUAGGCUAAUCUUCAGGCUUUUCUGAAAAUAUGGGUUCAGUUAGAGAUUGUCCAAAAAACUAGGUUUUAUUCUAUCAUUAGGUUUGUCUGAAAAUUUAGGCCUAGGUUUAAGCUUUUUCAAAAAUAUAGGAAUUUCUUUAGGCUUGUCCAAAUCUUCAGGAUUUGUCUAAUUUUAGGCUUGUUAAAAAUUUAGGCCUGUUCCUAGGCUUUUUCAAAAAUCUGCAUCUAAUUUUAGGCUUGUCGAUAAAUCUAGGCAUUGCCAAAUUUUAGGUUAAUCCAAAAAUCUAGGCUUGUUUUAGGCUCGUUCAAAAAUCUAGGCUUGUUUAGGCUCGUUCAAAAAUCUAGGCUUGUUUUAGGCUCGUCUAAAAGUCUAGGCAUAUAUUUAGGCUUGUCUAAAAUUAUAGGCCUAAGCUUAGGCUUGUCCAAAAUUUUAGGCUCAUAGCUGAAGCUUAUCCUAAAUAAUAGGCCUAGCCUCAGGCUUGUACAAAGUUUCAGGCGUAUCUUUAGGCUUGUCAAAAUUUUCAGGAAUUGCUAAAUAUGAGGACUGUUAAAAGUUAUAGACCUAAGCUCAGGCUUUUUCAGAAAAAUAUAGCUUAAUAUGAGACUUAUCUAAAAAUCUAGGCAUUUCUCAGGCUUGACAAAAAAUCAUGCAUUGCUUAGGCUUGUCAAGAAAUCCUGACCUAGGCUUAGGCUUUUUUUUUUAAAUCUAGGCAUAUCUUUAGGCUUGUCUAAAAUUCUAGGUUUAUCCUUGGGCUUGUCCAAAUUUUCCAAAACGAAACACAGUUUUUGAAAGGUACAUGCUUCAAAUAUUUCUCUGACUUCUUAUAAAGUUAGAUCUACAGGCCUGUCUACCGUACUCCUGUCCAAAAAUCUUCAAAAAAAAGCAAUUUCCAGAAACGCGUGAUCGUCCAAUCUGCGACAUUGUCACCGAAGUACAUCACCGUACAGCUUCCUUGUCAGCCGGUCGACCUUGGGACGCAAGUCGUCCACCAAGUCGACAAGAAGUUCAACGACUUCUCGAUUCGAUCGAAGUUCCAACAUAUGCUUCAAAUGACACACUUUUUGAUGAAAACUAA